GCCCCUGGCGGAGGAAGUGAUGUCACAGGCCCCAUGUGAGCGGAUUGCAACACAUGCAGCUGCCUGGAGAGAGGGAGCCGGUGUCCUACGUCAGAGCCGCCGCCGCGGAGCCGCCGCCGGGGAGGAGCAGCCGCUGCCGCCCAGGACUGGGCCUUUAGGGAGGAGGAGGCGAGAAGAUGGCGGACGACCCCAGUGCUGCCGACAGGAACGUGGAGAUCUGGAAGAUCAAAAAGCUCAUUAAGAGCUUGGAGGCGGCCCGCGGCAAUGGCACAAGCAUGAUAUCAUUGAUCAUUCCUCCCAAAGACCAGAUUUCACGAGUGGCAAAAAUGUUAGCAGAUGAGUUUGGAACUGCAUCUAACAUUAAGUCACGAGUAAACCGCCUUUCAGUCCUGGGAGCCAUUACAUCUGUACAACAAAGACUUAAACUUUAUAACAAAGUACCUCCAAAUGGCCUGGUUGUUUACUGUGGUACAAUUGUAACAGAAGAAGGAAAGGAAAAGAAAGUCAACAUUGACUUUGAACCUUUCAAACCAAUUAAUACGUCAUUGUAUUUGUGUGACAACAAAUUCCAUACAGAGGCUCUUACAGCACUACUUUCAGAUGAUAGCAAGUUUGGCUUCAUUGUAAUAGACGGUAGUGGUGCACUUUUUGGCACACUCCAAGGAAAUACAAGAGAAGUCCUGCACAAAUUCACUGUGGAUCUCCCAAAGAAACAUGGUAGAGGAGGUCAGUCAGCCUUGCGUUUUGCCCGUUUAAGAAUGGAAAAGCGACAUAACUAUGUUCGGAAAGUAGCUGAGACUGCUGUGCAGCUAUUUAUUUCUGGGGACAAAGUGAAUGUGGCUGGUCUCGUUUUAGCUGGAUCAGCUGACUUUAAAACUGAACUAAGUCAAUCUGAUAUGUUUGAUCAGAGGUUGCAAUCAAAAGUUUUAAAAUUAGUUGAUAUAUCUUAUGGUGGUGAAAAUGGAUUCAACCAAGCUAUUGAGUUAUCUACUGAAGUCCUCUCCAACGUGAAGUUCAUUCAAGAGAAGAAAUUAAUAGGGCGAUACUUUGAUGAAAUCAGCCAGGACACGGGCAAGUACUGUUUUGGAGUUGAAGAUACACUAAAGGCUUUAGAAAUGGGAGCUGUAGAGAUUCUAAUAGUCUAUGAAAAUCUGGAUAUAAUGAGAUAUGUUCUUCAUUGCCAAGGCACAGAAGAGGAGAAAAUUCUCUAUCUAACUCCAGAACAAGAGAAGGAUAAAUCUCAUUUUACAGACAAAGAGACAGGACAAGAACAUGAGCUGAUUGAGAGCAUGCCCUUGCUGGAAUGGUUUGCUAACAACUAUAAAAAAUUUGGAGCUACAUUGGAAAUUGUCACAGAUAAGUCACAAGAAGGAUCCCAGUUUGUGAAAGGAUUUGGUGGAAUUGGAGGUAUCUUGCGGUACCGAGUAGAUUUCCAGGGAAUGGAAUACCAAGGAGGAGAUGAUGAAUUUUUUGACCUUGAUGACUACUAGGUAGUCGACAUGGGUCCGGCAAAACGUGCCUCACCCUCCAGCAUCCAACCCAAGGAGCAUACCCGUGGUGGAAUCCAAACAGAUCCCUGCCUUACAAUUGGAACAUUUCCAGAACUUAAUCCAUGAGCAUUGGAUAUUAAAAAGAAAACCGAAACAAAACCAGACCCAACCCUACACUUUGGUUUGUCAUGGUGUCAGUACAGCAGCCUACAACUAAGUUCCUAAAUGCCACUUUGGACUAAUUUAAAAAAGAAUCCCAGUUUUUACUUUUACUCAAUGGUGAAAUUGGUUGCUCUUGUAUUUUAUGGGAAAAAAAAUGAUUUUUUUAACCUUCAUACAUAGAAGCAAAAAUACUUUAACUGCUGUAAACCUUCAAAGUUAAUAGAAAUGAGAUCAUACUGGUUUGUUUCUUAUUUUGAUUGGAGAAAAAUUAAAUUGCUGCAUUUCGCAGUGACCCAUUUACAUGGCAUUCUCAGCUUAGACUGCAUAAGAAGAAAUAUAUGUGGUGAAAUGUUGGAACCAUUUCUCUUGGUCUCUGUUUAAUGUUGAAAGGGUGAGCUAAUAGGAGGCAAUUUCAACCUCACUCCCGCACACUACCCCUCCCCUCCAGACUGUCAGUUUCAAGGAUGCAGAUUGCUUUGCAAAGAUAAACUGACACAUGAAGCAUUUGGGCAGUGCUCUGUUUCCUUCCAUCUGUUUUGCCAGGUGCAUUUGCGCCCGGGUUUGGGAGCCCUUAGUAUCAACUGCUUUGACAAGGAUUCACAUAAUCUUGCAUUCUGGAAACCAGUUUGGGAUGGAUAUGAUGGGGCUUCUGUGCUAUUGCUGGGAUUGGGAGAAAUAAAAUGUGAUUUAAGUGGAA